AGAACACAGUUAUUGCAACGUUAAACAAACCAAUAGAAAUACAUGUGCCAAUGAAUCAGACUGCAUGCAAUGAUGUUGUGGAAUGGCGUAUGCAACCUUCUGCAUUAUGCCUAAAAUAUGAGCUACCGAACAGCAGCUCAGGUUUUGGGGCUUGCAAUGGCACAGCACAAUUUCACUGCCAAAACAACAGUCUUGUCUUAAACACGGUGAUCUAUGAACAUGAAGGAACGUAUAUGGAAAAGAUUAUUUCUCAAGAUGGUUCGGUUAAAAAGAUAUACAUUACCCUGAAGAUCAUAUCUCCUCCGCUGAUCACAAAUGUAAGCAUCAUUUCAACUCAUUCAACACUCAUAAUAAUGUGUGAGGUCCGUGGAAGAAAUGCUUCAACCAGGUGGCUGAAAGAUGGAGUAGCUUUGCAGAACAUGAACUUGACCUUGAUGGUUCAUGAACCAACUUGGAGGGACUGUGGGAACUACACUUGUCUGGCAACGAGUGAAGGGGGAAGUUCAGAAGCUCAUGUUAACAUUAACGGUGCAAUAUGUAAAAAAGACCCGGACAUUGGACAUGGAAAUGGAAUUUCAAUUUGGAUUAAGUCAGCUGUGAUUUGUGUGCUUGGUUUGUGCAUCAUUCCUAUCUGCAUCAAGAAGUACUUUGCAGGUACCUGCUGCAAUAAAUCACGGACUCCAGAAGACAUAGCACUUCAAGUCAUUGCUGAGGAACAGAAGACAGACACACCACCGAGCGCCCACACAGACCCAGCAGAAGCAGACACGCUAACUUUUGAAUGAGGCCAGAAGACAUUACAACACUCAUCCGAAAGGAUUUGCACACCAGACAUCAUUUCCUUUUUUUUAAAUAUUGCGAUCUGCUCAGUUCAAAAGUUUCAGUAUCUAUUUCUGACAUUGAAAUAUGAUGUGGCACAGCAGAAACGGAUAAACAUGAUUUCCUUUAAAAAAUAUCCCUUUCCCUAUUCUGAAAUUGAAAAUGUUUUAAGAUAAUGUGUCUUACAGAAUAAACAAUUACAGUGUA